AUGAUCGAUUGUCCACAAUACUAUCCAGUCCCUGUUACUGGUCUCGCUCCUAGUACGAUUUAUCAAAGUCUCAAAGGCAGCCUUGAGAGCGACGGUAUUAAAGGAACCCUCACAAUCCAGGCUUAUGUUGAUAACAAUGAAUUCUCUGAUGAAAUACAAGUCAUAUUCUCCAAUGCAGGAAUCGAAACCUACUCCAUCACGGGAGGGGAUGAGAGUAAGUAUCAUUUGAUGAUAAGGAACGUUCUUCAUUGGAUACUAAAACAUCCUCCACCAGCAAAUGUCAUCCUACUCUCAAAAGAAACCCACCACCUCCUUCGUGUUUUUGACGACUUGGAUGAAAGAGGUUACAAUGUUCUCGUAUCAGACACUGACUCAGGUUAUGACGUUCCCGUUGGAUCCCCUGACUGGAUUCAAGAUAGCCUAGUAGAUCAUGAUGGAAGCUUGCCAGGGCAUGUAGAUAAGAAGCUGAAGAGACUUGCUAAUUCAGGCGAAACCACCAUGUGUCGUCAACCGUCUGAUAUCUUCUCCUUGGAAACCAUUUUCCUUAAGGAUGCCUCCACCAAGUUCUCAGAGGGGUAUUAUUGUGAUCCCUCACUCAUGGCUUAUCUUGAUCAAAAUAGCCUCGAGACAGACUUGGUACAGGAAUGGAGAGAUAGAUGUUUUGCUUGCGGACUUAUCACCAGACUAAUAGCCAAAGCCAAAGGGGACACAGCAGGGCCUUAUUCUAUGUUUACCGACAUUAUGUAUUUUGCAUUGAACUGUCGUUAUCCAUGGAAUGUGGUGGUUAUCUCGGAUACCUUGAGAUCAGACAGCAUCUACGCCAGAAUUCUUCAAGAUUUAAAAUCGAAAAAUGUCAAUGUUGGCUUUGCACGGACUGCUAUGCUAAACUUAGAUGGAGGAGGAGGCCUAUCACAAGAGCAAGAGCUGAAACUAAUAUGGAGAAACUAA